AUGACUAUGAUAGUGAUAUAACCUCGUUUGUCAGUUUGUUGCUAUUGUCAACAUAAACCGAUAUAAAGUAAUUAAUCUAUAAUAAAAAACUCUAAAACAGAGUGCUUCGCCUAAAAGUUAUGUAAUAAAGAACAAUGUUAAUAGUAAAUGUUAAUGAAUUCAUAAAUAAAGUGUUACAUGAGAUCAAGUAUAGUAAAAUGUUAUAGUCUGUUGAUUUCCAAAGCUUUAUGAAACAGUUAAACCGAAUAAAAAUAUUAUUCCGUUCCACCCUCACAAUAAUAUAAAUUAAAAUAACAUCUAUAAAUACAUUUUUUAAUAAAAAGUGCCCAUGAAAGUGAAAUAGGAUAAGAUGUAACUGCAACUGCUGCUAAACAUAAUUUUACGUUGCUUUAAAGACACACAAGUUAAAGACACUUAGCAUUUAAAUUUUACUGGUGAUGUUUUGAACCGAAGGAUAAAUGACUGGUACUAUCAAGCACCCCUCAAAUCAGUCACCUAAAAAACCUGUAAAGCAUAUGGUGCACUGGUUUCGAAAAGGCUUAAGACUCCAUGAUAAUCCUGCUUUGAGAGAAGGUCUACGUGAUGCAACCACUUUUCGUUGUGUUUUUGUCCUGGAUCCAUGGUUUGCUGGAUCAUCCAAUGUUGGAAUCAAUAAAUGGAGAUUCCUUCUUCAGUGUCUUGAAGACUUGGACAGUAGCUUGAAGAAAUUGAAUUCGCGACUUUUUGUUAUAAGAGGACAGCCUGCAGAUGCAUUACCGAAGCUUUUUAAGGAAUGGGGCAUAAAUGCUUUAACUUUUGAGGAAGAUCCAGAACCAUUCGGACGUGUAAGAGAUCACAACAUAUCAGCUCUUUGCAAAGAAAUGGGCAUUACAGUCAUCCAAAAGACAUCCCACACAUUAUAUAAUUUGGACGCUAUUAUUUCACGUAAUGGAGGCAGAGCCCCAUUCACAUAUCAUCAGUUCCAAACAGUAAUUGCUGGAAUGGAUCCACCCCCUACAGCAGAAGCUGCAGUUACUGAUAAAACACUUAAUGGAGCUGUAACACCUGUUAAUGAGGAUCAUGAUGACAGAUUUGGUGUGCCCACUCUUGAUGAACUAGGCUUUGACACUGAAGGAUUGCUUCCUCCAGUUUGGCAAGGCGGCGAAACAGAGGCUCUGGCAAGAUUGGAAAGGCAUUUAGAACGUAAGGCUUGGGUGGCUUCUUUUGGCCGACCUAAAAUGACUCCUCAGUCACUUUUAGCUUCACAGACAGGCUUAUCCCCGUAUCUACGAUUUGGUUGUUUGUCAACAAGACUGUUCUACUAUCAGCUGACUGAUUUGUACAAAAAAAUUAAGAAAGCCUUUCCCCCUCUUUCACUUCAUGGGCAAUUAUUAUGGAGAGAAUUCUUCUAUUGUGCAGCUACAAAGAAUCCAAACUUUGAUAAGAUGGUUGGUAAUCCAAUUUGCGUACAAAUUCCAUGGGAUAAGAAUCCUGAGGCCCUUGCUAAAUGGGCAAAUGGUCAAACUGGAUUUCCUUGGAUAGAUGCUAUCAUGACUCAAUUACGUGAAGAGGGCUGGAUUCACCAUCUGGCUAGGCAUGCUGCAGCAUGUUUCUUAACAAGAGGAGACCUGUGGAUAUCAUGGGAAGAAGGGAUGAAGGUAUUUGAAGAGCUGUUGCUUGAUGCAGACUGGUCAGUCAAUGCUGGAAUGUGGAUGUGGUUAUCCUGUUCAAGUUUCUUUCAGCAAUUCUUUCAUUGCUAUUGCCCCGUUAAAUUCGGGCGUAAGGCAGAUCCAAAUGGCGAUUAUAUCAGAAAAUAUCUCCCAGUAUUGAAAAACAUGCCUACACAAUACAUCCAUGAACCCUGGAACGCAUCUGAUGCUGUCCAGAAAGCUGCUAAAUGUAUCAUUGGAAAAGAUUAUCCCUUGCCUAUAGUAAACCAUACUUUGGCUAGUAAAAUAAAUAUGGAACGUAUGAAACAAGUCUAUCAACAGUUAUCAAAAUAUCGCAGUUUUGAUACUCAGAAAUUGAAUUGCAUUUCUUCUUCAAAAUUAAAAGACUACCAGCCCAGUGUUGUCACCGUUGGGAAUCUCAAAAACUUACAAAUUUAAGGAUUUUACUCAAAAAACAUAAUCCUAAUUCCUUAUAAAAACUAUAUUCUUGAUUUAUUUUAUAUAAGACGGUUUUAUCAAUACAAUUAGUUUUUGUACAAAAUACAUAUGUACAUCUUUU